AUGGCGACACUACAAAGCUCUGACAGCAAAGCAAUAGGUUCCUCACGCAAGCGUUCGUCUUCCCAAAGUCUAGAUGACCUUGUGCCUAAACCACAAAAGAAGGUCCAUCCGCCCUUCCCACCAACCAUCUUCUGGGACCAACUCGCAGAAAUUCCACUUACUUCAAAUGCAUUACGCGAGUUGCGCCGGAGAGCUCUUGUAGCAUCCUACGCUCAAGUGACGGGCCAAAAGGUUGCUCAAAGGGACAACUGUUGUGUUGAACAGCCUGUUUCUGUUGAGGCCUCGCCAAGUAUACUCAAACGGAUCCAGCGUUUCGCGAAGAACGGCGGCCCUGAUUUAUCCGCAUUGAGAGGUCACCGAGCACUAUUUGAAGUCUCCGAUAACAUGUCAAUUCGUUACGAUUCUACAAAACUCCCCUCAGCAGCUUCAGAGAAAGUUUACAGCUCUGCAACUCCAGAAACCAUGGGACCAUACGACUCUGCAUUUCAGCAACAUCUCAUCGAUUACCACAUUUUCCCUGAUAGCUAUGAGUAUCCAGAUGGCCGAUUGCCCCCGGAGCCUACCAAUAGGAGAGCAAUCCUAGAAGCUCUAGAGCGACCAAGAGCAUCGCUAUCUGCAUCCACGUUUUCAAGGGCUGAUUUCCACAAGUUUCAACGGGCUGACAAGCAUGCCAAAACAGCGAGGGAGGUCUUCUACACAGUCAUACCAACGAUUGAAGGGGAGGCCGCAGACGGAAGGUGUGUGGUUGGAGGUAUUCCGUUUACAAACUUUGACCACUUGACCAACAGCACGCUCGUCGCGAGCAGUCCCGACUUGUUCUAUGGUGCACGCCCAGAACAACUGGACGGGAAUAUCCGCAAGGAACUAAAUGGACUAGUAAUCCCUUCCACGAAGCACGCCCUUCCAAUUGCGCCAAACGUAUUUCUGCAAGCAAAGGGACCUAAUACCUUUCUGCCUGGUGCGUUGCUACAAGCGUGCUACAACGGUGCUCUAGGAGCAAGAGCUAUGCACAGUCUUCAAUCGUAUGGGCAGCCUACGCGGUUUUACGAUAACAAAGCAUAUGUCUUGAGCUGGGUUUAUCAUUGUGGAACUCUCAGACUGUUCACUGUUCACCCUUUGCCACCACCAGCGGAAUUAGGUGGUCAGCUCAGCUUCGUCACGACACAUAUCAAGUCCUGGAGCAUGACGGGGGAUUACGACUAUUUCCUACAGGGAGCUACGGCUUACCGGAAUGGCGUUGAUUGGGCUAAGCAACAACGAGACGAAGCGAUAAAGGAGGCAAAUGUCAUUGCCGCCUGUAAGACUGCUACCUGA